AUGGCAACUACCAGAAAGAAAAUAACAAAAUUUUCCAACUCUGAAUGUGGAAAAGAAAGAUCAAAAAAUGAUGAGGGGUUUGUUUUCUUUGCUUUACUGUCUCUUUCUCUUCUUGCUUGUUUCUCUUCCAUCCAACACUCUCUCAUUUCUUCAUUCUUCUCACCCUCCUUUGUGCCAUCCCCAAGAAAGUUAUGCUUUGCUUUGCUUCGCUUCAAGAACUCAUUUCCCAUAACCAAUAGUAGUUACUCUUCCCACUACGCAGCUGAGCUUGGAAUUGCCAAUCCUAAUAGUACUACUUCAUGGAAUAUGAGCAAGGAUUGCUGCACAUGGAGCGGUGUCACUUGUGAUGAGCUUACUGGCCAAGUUAUCCGCCUUGACCUCAAAUGCAGUGGCCUUCAAGGCAGUCUUCACUCCAACAGUAGCCUUUUUUCCCUUGGUCAUCUCCAAUCUCUUGUUCUCUCCUACAAUGAUUUUCACACUUCCAAAGUCUCUACUCAAUUUGGUAGGUAUUCAAGAAUGGUUCGCCUUGAUCUUUCUCACUCCUUGUUCAGUGGUAAAGUCCCUUUUGAAUUGUCUUACUUGUCAAAGUUGGUUUCACUUGACUUGAGUUUUAAUCAUGAGUUGAAACUUGAGACAUCUAGCUGGAAAAGAAUUGUAUUAGCAAACCUAACAAAUCUUAGAGAAUUGUUUAUGCAUGGUGUCAAUAUGUCUUAUGUCUCACCCAAUUCGUUUGCUAAUUUAUCAACUUCUUUGACAUAUCUUGAUCUUGGAGAAACUGGAUUGCAGGGGGAGUUUCCAGAAACCAUUUUCAACUUCCCAAACCUUCAAGGGCUGGACUUGAGUUACAACACAAAUCUCAAUGGAUUAUAUCCAACAUUACUACAUGGUAACCUCACUCAAAUCACUUCUUUAGACCUUUCUUUCAAUAAUUUUGGGGGUCAAAUCCCGUGGUCCUCUCUGAAUCUUCAAAAGCUUAUUGAACUAGAUCUUUCAUCCAAUAAUUUCAUUGGCCAGCUUCCAGAAGUUUGUAGUAGUAAUUCAACAAAAGUUUCGUCUUUGUGCAUCUCUUCAAAUCACCAUGAUUUAGUUGGUGGUCCUCCUUUGAAUUUAAAAUCCUUGAAUUUAUCUACUAACAAACUUAGUGGGACAAUACCAUCAUGGUUAUAUUCCCUUCAGUAUUUGCAGGAGUUAGAUCUAAGUAACAACAACUUCACUGGCUCCAUUCUUGAAUUCCAAUCUGAUUCUUUACUACAUCUUGAUUUACAAUCUAACAAACUAGAAGGUAUCUUUCCAAGCUCAAUUUUUGAACUAGUGAAUCUUUCGUUUCUGUUUCUUUCUUCAAAUAAAUUAAGUGGUGUUGUGUCAUUAGAUCAGUUCUCAAAGUUCAAAAGCCUCAAAUAUUUUGAUCUUUCUUUUAAUAGCUUAUCAGUGGUUGAUUCUAUCAACAAUGUCAAUAGUACCUUACUAAGCACUCUUUUCUCAUUGGCAUUGUCUUCAUGUGGUCUAACUAAGUUCCCAUACUCUCUAAGAAAUGCUGAAAAGUUAGGAAGCUUGGAGCUUUCCUACAAUCAAAUUGAAGGGGCCAUUCCCUCAUGGCUUUGGAAUGUUGGCUAG